ACGAGACAGUUCCUGUUGCCCUCACUAAAAAUGGCGCUGGCCAGCGUGUUGGAUCGGCCGAUGCCGGUGAACCAGCGCGGGUUUUUUGGACUCGGAGGUCGUGCGGACCUGCUGGAUUUGGGUCCGGGGAGUCCUGAGGAUGGGCUGAGCCUGGCCGCGCCCAGCUGGGGAGUCCCCGAGGAGCCGCGAAUCGAAAUGCUCCAUGGAACCACCACCCUGGCCUUCAAGUUUCACCAUGGAGUCAUUGUUGCUGCUGAUUCCCGGGCCACAGCGGGCGCCUAUAUUGCCUCCCAGACAGUGAAGAAAGUGAUCGAGAUUAACCCUUACCUGCUGGGCACCAUGGCGGGGGGUGCAGCGGAUUGCAGCUUCUGGGAGCGGUUGUUGGCGCGACAGUGCCGGAUCUAUGAGCUUCGAAAUAAGGAACGCAUCUCUGUCGCAGCAGCCUCCAAACUGCUGGCCAACAUGGUGUACCAGUACAAAGGCAUGGGGCUGUCCAUGGGCACCAUGAUCUGUGGCUGGGAUAAGAGGGGCCCUGGCCUCUACUAUGUGGACAGCGAGGGUAACCGGAUCUCUGGGACCGCCUUCUCUGUGGGGUCUGGCUCUGUGUAUGCUUAUGGUGUCAUGGAUCGAGGCUACUCCUAUGUCAUGGAAGUGGAGGAGGCCUAUGAUCUGGCCCGCCGAGCCAUCUACCAAGCCACCUACAGAGAUGCCUACUCUGGAGGCGUAGUCAACCUGUACCACGUGCGGGAGAAUGGCUGGGUCCACGUCUCCAGUGACAACGUGGCCGAUUUACACGACAAGUACGCUAUAGCUGCAGUUACCUUCUGAAGGACGGGGGAUGCGGCUGUCCGCGGCUCUCGUUGCUUAUAAUAAAUAACAGUACCCAUAAGCAGUC